CGUGAACGUCCCUGCAGUUAUUGUUAGCUUAGCCUAGCUAAAGUGAGGGUCUCGCGCGCGGACAGCGUGUCCUCUGCAUGAUUCUCACAUGGUCACUGUUGACAUCUGUCGGGGCACAGUUUGAAACUCCGAGAAAGUUUGAAUGGGUCAUUAUAACAAAGGCUAAUGUGGCUGAUGACGGAGCAAAUGUCGGUCAUGUGAAUGGAUGCUACUCGUUGUGUGUUCUUUGCCUGAGGUUUUGGUGUCAUGGUGGGCUUUGACCCGGCUGCUCCUGGAGCAGCUCUGACCCCAGAGGAGGCGGCCCUGGCUGGGUCAGCAGCUGGGAUGGUCACCAGAGCACUCAUCAGCCCAUUUGACGUCAUUAAGAUCCGAUUCCAGCUCCAGAUCGAGCACUUGUCCCCGCUGCGACCUGAAGGGAAGUACUGGGGAUUAUUUCAAGCGGGACGCUGCAUUUACACCGAAGAGGGCCUGUCCGCCUUCUGGAAGGGCCACAUCCCCGCGCAGCUUCUCUCCAUUGCUUUCGGAGCGGUCCAGUUUGCCAGCUUUGAGUUUCUGACCGAGGUCGUCCACAAGAUGACGCCUUACGACAGCCAGACAGCAGGGGUUCACUUUGUGUGCGGGGGUUUGUCUGCCUGUUCCGCCACGGUGGUCUGCCAGCCGCUGGACACUCUUCGGACCCGCUUCGCCGCUCAGGGAGAGCCAAAGGUUUACUUGAACCUCAGACACGCGGUGUCGACCAUGUGCCGCUCCGAGGGAGUCCUGACGUUCUACCGCGGACUGUCUCCGACUCUGGUUGCUGUGUUCCCCUACGCUGGACUGCAGUUCUUCUUCUACAAAGUCUUCAAACAGCUGUUGACUCCGCCUUCCAAGUCUGCAGAUUCAGGAGGCAGUGUUCUCAGCCUGGUGUCGGGCAGCGGCGCCGGGAUGAUCAGCAAAACCAUCACGUAUCCAUUCGACCUGUUUAAGAAGAGGCUACAAGUCGGGGGCUUCGAGGAGGCCCGGGCUCGGUUCGGGAAGGUGAGGAACUACAAAGGCCUGCUGGACUGUGCAGUCAGCAUUGCCCGAGAGGAGGGCGUCCGAGGCUUCUUCAAGGGUCUCUCUCCCAGCCUGGUCAAAGCCGCGCUCUCGACGGGCUUCACUUUCUUCUGGUACGAGUUCUUUCUCGACGCCAUACGCAACCUCAAGGACAACGGGAGAGAAAGUAACUUCACCAAAGAAGGCAGAUGACGCCAUUGGACACUUGCCUUGUUUACAUACGCACACCUUUUUAACCUGCUUUUUAAUGUUUCAUUCACAGUGACUGCUGUCAAAACAUGCGUAUUUAAAGCAUAUAUUUAUUAUGACAACGCUUGCGACAUGAACAAAAGGAAGUCUGUUUUAUUUAUGGUUUUAUAAAAACAGCUUUGACCAAGAUGUUUUGGGAAAUGUUUGUCUGUACCCUGUGGCUUUAUGACCACCUGUUGGAUCAGCACUUACUUCUGACAAAAUACGAGACAGGUGGUCAUAAUGUUAUGGCUGAUUUGUCAAUCAAGUGUAAUUGUUUUCGAGGCAAACGGUUUGACUGGGGUAAAUAUAGGUCAAUAUUUUUACGAGUUAUCUAACUGCACUUGUGUUUUUGUCUGUUUCACUAUGGAAGUAUAAAUAUUUUUUUGAGGAAAAAUAAUACUUUUUAGGAAUAAAAAAGGGUAAAUUUUAAUUUUGUCAAAUUUAGAAAUUUAACUUAAGCAAUAAUUUUAUACGAUGAAAAUGAUGUAUUUCAAAAUGCUUGAAUUAAUAUUAAUAUUUAAAUUAUGAAGAUCAAUCGCUGGUGGAAAUAUAAGUUUGUUUUUACAAAGAUUCAAAUAUCACAUUUAAAAAAUUGGAAAAAUGAAAUGAUAUACUGUAUGUACAUGACAUGAACAAAUUCUUAAAGGAUUUUAAUUGAUGAUGAUUAUAUAGGAUGGUGGUCGUGGACAAAAAAAUAGCUGGAUAUGAAUUAAAUUAGAGCACAAAUGAAACAAACAAAAAUUAAACAAACUAGACAAAAAUAUUAAAAAUAUUGAAAAAUGUAUAUUCAAAAGAUUAGAAUUUGAACCAUAACAAUUCAUAUAUGGAUAUAUUUGGGGAAAAUAUCAACAUAAACAGGCAAGAAUAAUAUUGAAAAAUGAAUUAUAAAAAAAUAAUAAUUUAAACAGCCAAAUUGAAAUGGAACUUAACUAAAUAAUAAUAAACCUAUUUACUUGUGCAGCUUCUCCAGGCAUGACACACAAGUUUCUUCUUCUUUAUUCCAACUGAAUGCAAAACGACAGCACCGAUGAUGAGAUACAGCUCAAGUGAUUUUGGCAGAGAACCUCAGUAUAAACACAACGUCAAGUAUGAAGACACAUGAAACUCACAAGCACUUGUCGCUCCCGCGCUCCGAAUCAUGCAGUUACUGAUGUCAUAUAAAGACACCGAGGGAGUCGCAGAUGACCAACACAACGUAGCACUUCACUUCGGCAGCAGCAGCACUGGAUACUUAUAUCGUAGUGUUUUUACAAUUUGUACACCUGUUUGGGAAUCAUAAUACUCUGAGGCUCUCUGAAGUACAAAAACAACAUUAUGACCACCAGCUUAAUAUAGCUUUCUCAGCAGUGGUCAGUACCUGAUAAAAGUGGUCCAAGGACUGUAGUGGAAAGAAAAUAAAUGCUGGUCCAGAUAGAAGGUGACAGAACAUAGUAUGUAGGGUCUACAAGUCUGCAGCUAGUGUUUGUGGGUGCCCUCCAGUGGAGAGAGUGUGAAGCUCAGUGGGAAUCAAGGAUGCCCUGCAUCACGACUGAGAGCCAGAGAGAGGCAUGUUUGAAGUGGAGCCUGACAGGAAGAGGUUGGAGGUCAGAUAUGUUCAGAGAUGAGUAUGAUAUUUGGGUUUUUUUGCCCAGGAUUUCGGGGGGGGUUGACCCUGGACCGGUCACCAUUCCAUCGUACGCAACACCAAACCUCACACCCUGACAAUUUAGAGUCAUCGAUUGACCUCUGUAUGUUCUUGGACUGUGGGAGGAAACUGGAGUGACAUAAGCUACAUAUAUGGCAGGUGGUCAUAAUGUUUUGAACCAUUAGCGUUCACGCCAGCUUCACUAACAAAGAGAUCUAAAGAAAUAAACACAUUGUUUGUACAGGUCGACUUGCUGUGUGGCACAACACAGUCGGGACACCCUGAGCUCAAGGUGAUGUUCUGGGGUCGGUGUUUUGUUUAAGAGUGCUACAAUCAAUCGUUUGAACUGGCGCCACCUACUGGACACUCAGAAGGAAGAAUGAAGAGACCGCUUCUUGGAAACCCUCAGUGGGUGGUGGACAACCUGCAGGAUCUGUAGCUGCCUGACAGUCUGCUGUGACACUGGCCACAUGCCAGCUGGCUGAAGGGGCGUGGU